GCCAGUGGGAUCACUAUUAGUUCACGAUUAUUUUGAGAGACUUACAGCAGCUGAUAAAGUAUAAAAUAGGUUAUCUCUCAAAUAUUUCGAAUUAGUUAAAUUUCUGCGUAGCAAUAUGACAUCUUCUGAACACGCGGAUUCUUCAAUCAAGGAUCUGGAUUUGGAAUCCAGCAAACCAGAACAUUGCAAACUAGGCAAGAAGACUCGCGUCUGGCAAGGUGUCCGAAUUGCUUUGCAGUUAUGUGCCAUUUUCGUGCUUCUUUACUUCUUCGUGUGUUCGGUGGACCUCAUGAGCAACGGGUUGAAACUCAUCAUGGGCAGCUCUGCCAACUCCGUGUUCGAGAGUGACAUCAUGCGCAACCCAGUGGCUGGUCUGAUGAUAGGGGUGAUGGGCACUGUUCUUCUGCAGAGCUCGAGCACUUCCACUGCCAUUAUUGUGACUCUCGUGGCAUCCAAGACCCUUAAUGUCAAACAAGCCAUCCCGAUGGUAAUGGGCGCCAAUAUCGGGACUUCAGUGACAAGUACGUUCGUAGCCAUGGGACAGAUCAACGUCAGGAAAGAGUUCGAGAGAGCCUUCGCAGGAGCCACAGUCCACGAUAUGUUCAACUGGCUGACUGUGAUAGUUCUACUGCCAGUUGAAAUUUGCACUGGCUAUCUGUUGUGGCUGUCGGGCUUGAUGGUCUCAAAUGUCAAGAGCGAUAGCUCGGAGGAAUCAGUUGACUUGCCAGGACUGAAGACAAUCACGAAACCGCUGACGGAUCUUAUAGUUAUAGUUAGCUCCAAUACAAGCUCUCGGAUUUUGAAGAGCGAUUGUGGAGAGAAACAACAUCAUGAACCAUGCAAGGCUCUCUUCAAUCUUCUGAACUGGUCUGACUCAGCCAGUGGAGCCAGUGUUCUAGUUUUGUCCAUCGUGUGUCUCUGUGUCUGUCUGGUACUCCUCGUAAAAGUACUCAGGUUGCUCUUCUCUCACUACAUUUCGGACAUCAUCAAGAAAACUGUCAACUCACAACUGCCGAAACCAUUCGGAUUCCUUACAGGCUAUGUGGCUGCAAUCAUUGGCGCUCUUCUGACAGUGGUCAUCCAGAGCAGUUCCAUCUUCACUUCCACCCUCACCCCUCUGGUUGGAAUCGGAGUCUUGGAGUUGGAGACAAUCUUCCCCCUCACCCUGGGAUCCAACUUGGGUACCACUGGAACUGGGAUUCUGGCAGCAUUCGCCAAUGAGAACUUGAAUGUUUCGCUUCAGAUUGCCUUGUGUCAUCUGUUGUUUAAUCUCAGUGGUUUCAUUUUAUGGUACCCUGUGCCUCUUCUUAGAAAACUCCCUCUCUGGCUGGCAAGACAACUGGGCAGAAUAACAGCCGACUACAGAUGGUUCGCCCUGGUCUACCUCAUCGGCAUGUUCCUAAUUGCACCCUCUUUUGUCUUCCUUCUCUCAUGGGCGGGAACUCUAACUCUCUACUGUGUCGGAGGACCUUUAGUUGCAUCGAUUGCUGUAAUAAUAUUUGUCAACAUAGCACAGAACUCAGAAAAGUCGAAGGGAUACUUGCCGACGUUUCUCAAGACUUGGGAUUUCCUGCCGAUGUGGCUAAGAUCGCUGGAACCUUACGACAAAAUGAUCAAAUCCAUAAAACAUGUUCUGAAAAAAGAGAGCAAUAAAGAAAGUUUCAUGACGUCUAAUUUUCCUGCUUAUGAUAAAACUAGCUGUGAUGAAAACUUAUAGGAAAAUACUUCGUUUUAUUAUUGGUUAUCAGUCAAAAAAGAGAAUAUUUUUUGAAAAAAUUAU